AUGGCUCCUGGAUUAUGUUCGCAAAUAACAUCACUCUGUCCUCAACUGCGACACAUUGUCCUCCUAUUUGACCUUUACCAUAAGAGCGGGUGGGAGGGCGUCGAUUGGGAAGAGGACCGUCUUAUCUUCUCGCCUGUCACACACUUGGGCAUUCUUCUCCCACCAUGUGGCGGAUCGGAGUAUCGACAGCUGUUCGCUUGGGUAGAGGAUCACGCCGCCACACCCCUCCAGGUCGUGCGAUUCUUGAACCCGGCCUUAGUGACCGAGUCAACCACUUUGCGUGCGAAUAUGCUGGCCGAGUUGAUUCCCAGGUUGGUUGGUCUGCGGGUGGAGGAUGAUGAGGGAAACGAACUGAGUGCUCAGAGUUUCCAUAGGAGUGCCUCUCCACAGUAG